AUGGAGAUGAAUAGUGAAGAAGAUCCUCCUCCCAUCUCCCUCUUGGAUUUGCCUGAAUCCACCUUGGAUUUCAUUCUCAAAUGCCUAUCUCCAAAAGAUCUUUUGACAAUGUCAAAGGUAUGUGUUUUGUUGAAGAGAAAAUGCCAAAGUGAUAGAUUUUGGGAAAAUCACAUAAAAGAGAAAUGGGGAAGAGUGAUUUCUGAUGCUGUUUACAAGGAAUGGAAAUGGCACAUAGAAAUUGCCAAAGAUGGACUUUUGAUGAAGAAUAAUCAAACUGGUUCAAUGGGUUCUUUUAUUGGUGAUUGGCCUAACGUAUGUCUUUGUUCAUACUUACAAGAUUGCAAGUUCCUCACUGCUCAAAAAUCAAACAACUCCAUGAUGUCUUUGUAUUUUUCUCUUCAAACUGGUACCUUUUGGUUUCCUGCUCAGGUCUACAAGGUAUAA